AUGUCCACUCCUCGUGGUCAUACUGGUCGCAGCUUGAGCAAAGGUUUCAUCAUCGGUGACGCGGUUGGUUUAGGUCUAUUCCUCCUGGUGGCGGUUUUAGCAACUGCUUCACCGUCAGUGACUUGGUGGGUCUGGUCCAUUCCUCCUGGCAGUGGUGUGGCAGUCUCAGCGGCGGCUACAGUGGUGGCCACAUGGUGGUUCCAGUUCGUUCCUUGUGGCUAUGGCAGUGAUGUGGUGGCUUCAGCGGCAACGAAAGCAGUGACAGCUUGUGUGACGCCUUCAACGUCGGUAACUUGUUGGAUCUGGUCUGUUCCUCCCGGCUGUGCGGGCGAUGCAGCAGCUUCAGCUGUGGCGAUCGCUGAAGCAAUCCAAACGCAGGGCAAGCGUUCUGAAUUUCUAAAGCUGGAUGCUGAGACUGCAAUAUCUUGGUUGCUGUCUCAGGAAAGUGGAGAAGCUGGUCAGACAUUCCAAAACUUCCUAAAGAAGCAUGGCUUUCGCUGCCUCAGAGAGGCUGAAUUGCAUGAAAAAUCAUGGAGGAGUGAUCCAAUAAAGCUAUUUCCAGCAAUCCAGAGAACUUUGCAGAGAGAAAAAGUGUUUGUUGAAAAAGUAGCACUGUCUCCGGACGAAGCUAUUGGUUCCAUAAAAUCAUCAGUUACAUGGAUCAGAAAGUGUGCUCUGCGCUUGAUCUUACCUGACGCAAGAAAAGCUAUCGCUGACAGAGAAUUAUUAAAAGCAGAGGCAAUCAAAAUGAAUGAUGUUUUUAAGGUUGCUUAUUGGAAACUGGCUAAACUGAUGGUUGUGGAGGUGAGUACCCAUAUUCAUUUAUUCAUUGACACCACAGAGCUGUGCACUGAGCAAACUGAGAAUGAUAUUCAUGUAGUACCCAUGUUGAUUGUAAGCUUUUGAUAAGAAGACAUUGUC